AUGGCAUGGCCGGCUAGUUUUCACAGAGGGACGCUCGUCUCCCGGUUCAGCCACCAUCACGGUGUUGUGUUCCUGCUUACCUUCUUCAGUUAUUCAUUGCUCCAUGCUUCCAGGAAAACAUUUAGCAAUGUCAAAGUCAGUAUCUCCAAACAGUGGACCCCAACUGCUUUCAACAAGUCCGUGGAGCUGCCUGUGGAGACCUGGAGCAGCAACCGUCUGUUUCCCAGCGCAGAGGAGGCCACGCUCUUCCUGGGAACACUGGAUACCAUUUUCCUCUUCUCCUACGCUGUGGGCCUUUUCAUCAGCGGUGUCGUUGCGGACCGGCUUAAUUUACGCUGUGUCCUGUCUUUCGGCAUGUGUUCUUCUGCAUUAGUGGUGUUUGUCUUUGGCACCCUCACGGAAUGGCUGCACUUCUACAACAAGUGGUUCUACUGCUGCCUGUGGAUCGUCAACGGCCUGCUGCAGUCCACCGGCUGGCCCUGCGUGGUCGCCGUCAUGGGCAACUGGUUUGGGAAAGCCGGGCGAGGCGUCAUUUUUGGACUGUGGAGCGCCUGCGCUUCUGUGGGCAAUAUUUUGGGCGCAUGCCUGGCUUCAUCUGUUCUGCAGUAUGGUUACGAGUAUGCCUUCCUGGUGACGGCGUCGGUGCAGUUUGCUGGUGGAGUCGUCAUCUUCUUUGGGCUCUUGGUGUCCCCAGAAGAAAUCGGUCUCCCAGGUGUCGAGGCAGAAGAACAUUUUGAGGAAGAUUCGCACAGGCCGUUGAUUACCGGUGCUGAAAAUGAGGAUGAGUACGAUCCUGGUUACUCAGUUCAAGAAGGAGAUGCUGCUAGAACCCAAGUUGGGGCAAUAAGCUUCUACCAGGCGUGUUGUCUUCCUGGAGUCAUACUGUACUCUCUAGCCUAUGCCUGCCUGAAGUUGGUGAAUUACUCCUUCUUCUUCUGGCUGCCCUUUUACCUGAGUAAGAACUUCAGGUGGAAGGAGGCGGAAGCCGACCAGCUGUCCAUCUGGUAUGACGUCGGAGGAAUCGUAGGUGGCACUCUGCAAGGCUUUAUCUCCGACCUGCUGAGGAAGAGAGCCCCCGUUUUAGCGCUGAGCCUGCUGCUGGCUGCCGGGGCCCUUGUAGGAUACAGUCACUCUCCUGACAGCAAGUCCAUCAACGCACUUCUGAUGACGGUCACAGGAUUUUUUAUCGGUGGACCUUCCAAUAUGAUUAGCUCUGCGAUCUCUGCGGACCUGGGGCGCCAGGAGCUAGUCCGAGGGAGCAGCGAGGCUUUGGCCACAGUCACGGGCAUCGUUGAUGGAACUGGGAGUAUUGGUGCAGCGGCGGGCCAGUAUCUGGUGUCUUUGAUCCAGGACAAACUUGGAUGGAUGUGGGUUUUCUAUUUUUUCAUUCUCAUGACAAGUUGUACAAUUGUGUUUAUCUCACCGUUAGUUGUGAGGGAAAUAGGCCAGCUUGUGCGGCGGAGGCAGGCUCACCCAUUGAGCGAGUGA